AAGCGACAGAUCUGUUCUAACUUUCAAUGAGUGACAUCUCUAACUCACAAGUUUGGUCUGGUCGCCUAAAAAGUUACAUAUUGUAGUUGUAAGAGCCACGAUGUUUGGUCUGAACAUUAACAUGCAUCGCUUGAGGUACGGUUUUGGAAUCAUAAGGACUUUCUUUCUUACCAGCGAUAAAUACUUUUCAAAAAACGAAAGGUUGAAUUGAUAACUUUUUUAUAGGGUGAAUGUUCCCACAAGGCCACAUCUCCAUGUUACAGCGCUUGUUUAUGGGACAUUUAUGGAAGACAGAGGCGACCACCUGUGCUAAUUCGCUAUCUAGCAGGCUGCCGAACCUCUGUGUGUAACCGUAACUCCGGGAGUGUAGUUUCUUUGGAUGGAGGCACCUAUAGUUGUAUGGAUCUGUGCAAAACUGCUACAUUGAUUCCAGACUUACAGAAACAGACAGUGGAAGGUCACCAUGGAUCUCGGUGAGUUUGAAGCAGACAACUCGGUGAGCUGUCGCCUGGCUUCAGCAAUACCUGCCGUCUGCAAGACAGAAGACUGCUGUUUGGGUAUCGAUGAAGCCGGCAGGGGGCCUGUACUGGGACCCAUGGUCUACGGAAUAUGUUUCUGUCCCGUCGCCAAAAAGGAAGCUCUGAAGGACUUAAAAGUGGCAGACUCGAAGACAUUGACUGAGGCCCAGAGAGAGGAUCUAUUCCGCAACCUGGACGAGGCCAAGAGCUUUGUAGGCUGGGCUCUUCAGAUUCUCUCACCCAACACUAUCUCUACCAGCAUGCUGCAGAGGUCAAAAUACAACCUGAAUGCUCUCUCUCAUGACGCAGCCAUUGGCCUGGUACAGUUCGCCCUGGACAGUGGAGUGCAGCUCAAAGAGGUGUUUGUGGACACGGUGGGUCCUGCAGAGAAGUACCAGGAGAAGCUGUCCCAGCGGUUCCCCGGGGUGGAAGUGACCGUACGACCCAAAGCUGACUCCCUCUUCCCCAUAGUCAGUGCUGCCAGUAUCUGUGCCAAGGUGGCCAGGGACCAUUCAGUAAAAGACUGGAACUUUCCAGAAGACCUAGGAGAGGUGGAUGCAGACUACGGCUCUGGCUAUCCCAACGACCCGAAGACGAAGGCGUGGCUGUUGAAGGAGCUUGACCCGGUGUUUGGCUACCCUCAGUUUGUCAGGUUCAGCUGGAGCACCACACAGACCCUGCUGGACAGCAAGGCUGUCACUGUACACUGGGAUGAUGAUGAGGAGGAUGGUGAGAAGGCCGCAGCCCGUCAGAACAACACCUCCAUGCUCUCCUACUUCAAGACAGGCUCCAAGACCUCCGCCCAGCAGGGCAACACACACCAGACACACCGCUUCUUCACAGAGAGGAGACUGCAGAGACUGGCCACACUCUGAGACAAGGAGAGGAAUACACACACCCACCGAGACAAGGAGAUGAAUACACACACCCACUGAGACAAGGAGAGGAAUACACACACCCACUGAGACAAGGAGAGGAAUACACACACCCACUGAGACAAGGAGAGGAAUACACACACCCACCGAGACAAGGAGAGGAAUACACACACCCACCGAGACAAGGAGAUGAAUACACACACCCACCGAGACAAGGAGAGGAAUACACACACCCACCGAGACAAGGAGAGGAAUACACACACCCACCGAGACAAGGAGAGGAAUACACACACCCACCGAGACAAGGAGAGGAAUACACACACCCACCGAGACAAGGAGAGGAAUACACACACCCACCGAGACAAGGAGAGGAAUACACACACCCACCGAGACAAGGAGAGGAAUACACACACCCACCGAGACAAGGAGAGGAAUACACACACCCACCGAGACAAGGAGAGGAAUACACACACCCACCGAGACAAGGAGAGGAAUACACACACCCACCCAGACAAGGAGAGGAAUACACACACCCACCCAGACAAGGAGAGGAAUACACACACCCACCCAGACAAGGAGAGGAAUACACACACCCACUGAGACAUGGUGCACAACACACACACACACUGAGACAUGGUGCACAACACACACACACUGAGACAUGGUGCACAACACACACACACUGAGACAUGGUGCACAACACACACACAUUCUGUUUAAAGUCUCUGUCCACUGUUUCCAGAUGUAUAUGAAAUGUGAUCUAUACUUAAUUACAAUAUUACUGAAAUAGUGUUCUUUCCAAAAAUGGGUAUCAAGUGUGUUAUAAAGCAGCUUUUCUGUGUUGGAAUGGUGUGGGUGUACCCCAACAGCAGAACGGUGUGGUUGUACCCCAACAGCAGAACGGUGUGGUUGUACCCCAACAGCAGAACGGUGUGGUUGUAUACAGGUCAUUAAAAUAUUCUAGCGAGUAGACAGCCUACUUGCCAGCUCCUCAGGAGGUGGGCUUUUCUGUGGGUUUUUCUCUCCAAUGUAUUAUUUGGCGUUAUUUGGAGUUAACAGAAUAUUAACUUUAAAAAAAGUGACAUUUUAUAGACUGUUUGCUGUGAAAACCACUGAUUGAAUGAUCAAUUGAAAAGGAUUCAAGCACAACUUCAUGAGCUUUGUUGUCAUUUGAAUAAUACUUUAAUGUGAAAUGAACAAUAAAUAUAUAUUGUUUCUAAAUAA